AUGGCGGCGGUGGCAGCACUGUGGCGCAGAGCGAGGGACUACAUGAAGACCAAGGAGUUCCGGGAAUACCUGAUGAGCACGCACUUCUGGGGUCCAGUGGCCAACUGGGGCCUGCCGCUGGCCGCCUUUAAGGACAUGAACGCACCACCGGACAUCAUCAGCGGCCGCAUGACGACAGCGCUCAUCUUCUACUCGAUGGCCUUCAUGCGUUUCGCCUACCGCGUCCAGCCUCGAAACUUGCUGCUGAUGGCGUGCCAUGGCACCAACGUGGUGGCGCAGAGUGUGCAGGCGGGCCGUUACCUAAUUCACUACUACGGCGGCGGCACCGCGGCGGCCCCCGCUGCCCCCACCGUCACAGCAGCCACUGCCACCACCACUACAGCUACCACCUGCGACCCUGAGGAGGCCGCCUCCGGCCAGGCGGCCGUCAGCCUCGGUCUGUAG